AUGCAACCUCAUCCAAAUAUCCAUCAACAAGACACUCACCAUCGACAUCCUUCCCCUUCACCUAUCAUAACAGAAGCAUUCCACGAUGCUAUUCGACUACCCGACACUCCAAUCACUCCUUCCACCUCGAACCCCUUUCCUGAACCUCAAUCUCAACUACAUUCACACCCACACUCACACUCAUCUGACAUUCCAUGGAAACUCAUCUUACCCAUCCUCUUCCUCCGAUUCGGCGAUGCAAUGUCUUACGAAGUGAUCUUCCCCAUCGUGACUGAUAUGAUCACUUCUUUCCAGGUGGCACCUGAUAAGAUCGGGCUUUGGGCCGGGAUGGCAGAGGGAGCUUUGAUGAUUACCGAAGCUUUGUGUGCAACUACUUGGGCCAGGUUGGCAGAUAAGUAUGGAAGGAAACCUUGCUUAAUGGCAGGGUUCAUGUUUGCUAUAUCAGGAACGGGUUUGGUGGGGUUUUCGACGUCGGUGGGAAAGUUGAUCCUUUGGCGAGCUAUCUUGGGAAUGAACCCUUGUGGGGUACUCAACAAAAUCAUCGCUUCGGAAAUAUCCAACCCUGUUAACAGGGAUAAGAUCUUCGCCAUCUUUUCACCCGCUUUUGCCACUGGUACGAUGAUCGGCACCCUCAUAGGUGGUGAACUGGCACAUCCCUACGGUCGUCUACCCCACUUAUUAGGAGGAAGUUCAGAGUUCUGGAAGGAAUGGCCUUAUGCACUUCCUUGUGUUGUCACUACUGGAGUAUCCGUCGAGGAGUUCUGGGUGAAAUUCCAUGAUGACCUAGCUCAUAACAGUGCUAUAAUCGCCCUCGUGGUCAGCUAUGUAUACUUGAUUGAGACUCGUCCACCAUCUCAUUCUCUUCAAAUACAUACCACAGCGGAGAAGAAUGAUCACCAUCGAGCUAUAUCCGCCGCGUUGAAAGUCCCACAUUUCGCUCUGAUCACCAUCGUCUUUCUCAGUUAUCAACUUACGAGUUUCUCCAUAGAAGGAAUUUUCGCUGUGUACACUUAUACUGAUGUUGACCUCGGAGGAUUAGGUCUUUCGGUAGAUAUCAUAGGUUUCCUCUACGCGGCAGCUGCAUUCUCUUACAUCAUCACCGCGCCACUUCUUUUGCCGAUCAUGAAAAAACGUUUCGGAGCUGUGAAAUCAUUACAAAUAGCUUUCUUAGCUUGGGUAGGUGUCACCAUGACAUUACCUUUAUCACAAUGGACGGCGAUACAUUGGAGAGGAGGUAUGUGGUUGGUUUUGAUUUGUCAAACGGGUUUGAGGUGUGUCGGAGGGUUUGGUUGGCCCAUGUGUGAUAUACUCACUAUGAGCGCAUUUGACGAUUAUCCAGAGUUGUUAGCGACUGGUAGCGCAAUAAGUUUGAUAGCAGGUGCAUUCGGUCGAGCAUUCGGACCAGCUAUAUCAGGUUGGAUCUACUCCCUAUCCACUCAACAUCCCGUAGGAUCAUUAGGACGUCAAAGUUCUUGGUUGGCAAUGUUAGCGAUUUCCCUUCCACCAUUCUUUCUCUCUCGUUUGUUACCAAGUGAAAAAAAGUAUAAAGAAGGGUAUGAAACUGUUCCCUUGGAUGAAGAAUCUGAUGUAGAUGUAGGUGGGGAGAGUGAGGAAGUAGUGUGA